CUUUUUCCCAAAACUAAACAACAUGGAGCAGAAAAAGCGGAAGUGCAUUUCAACUCUUGUGGAUGUUCACGUUCAGAGUGUUUUUCUUUCCUAAAUGACCACACGUGUUUUUUAUUAUUUUUUUUUAACGUCCGUGUAAUGAUAUGAGAGAAUUCCGUGUGAGUGAAGGUUUAUGGCGCUUUAUGACUUUUGGUCGUAGAUGUUAAAUGCGUUGGUCUCACGCAACCUUCUCUUUCUACUGCGCGUGCAUCCUGCUGUGUGUGGCGCGAGCCGAUCAGCGCUUCCACGAUGCGCGCGUGCUUGCUCUGAAACCGGAGGAUAACGGCACAAUCCCCGUGCCGGAUGAGCGCGGGACCAGUGGUCAGUGCCUUGGUCAGAGGAGUCGAUCUGAGUAUUUGGACCUCAACGCAGCAGGAAGCACUUCCAUCGUAACUCAGCAGAAUGAGGAAGUCGCUCUCCGCUCGGCGGCCCCUGAAGGCCCCUGGGGACACAGCCUGUAUGCUCUGAUUGACCAGAUGAAAGAGACAGUGCUUAGGCGAAACUACCAGAGAGAGCCACGACACACACUGCCUCAGAUGGGGUCUGCUGGAAAGUCGUCUGAAUUUCGUGUCCAGUUCCAGAAAUGUGCUCAGGUGGUAGAAGGAAGUGAGUUUCCCCAGGUCCGUGUCGAACUGGAGGUUAAAAACCUUGAGGGUGGAAGAGACCUAUCACAACUCAGUAUACGUGACACUAUCUCUGACAUCAUCAGCCUGCAGAGCAGUGGGAACGUGCAGGACAGAGAGUACCAAACCUUCAGCACUGACACACUGUCUGCUGGCUCCAGGUAUGUUGUGUCAUACACAGCGAGUGUAAAAGUGAGCACGCAUGAAGAUCUGUUUCUGCCAGCGUUCCUCACCUUCUCCAGCACGUCUCCGAAUAAUAUCAGUUUAUUCAGGUCUGUGGUGGCGAAUUUCACUCUGAGGAUCAACACUACAGAAAAGGUGUGUAUGAAUCAUGCCUUACACUUUGCAGGAUUCUGUGUGGCUUUUUUGAUCUCCACAUUGCUGCUGGCUUCCACACUCCUCACUGCUGGCUGCUUCUAUAAGAAGUGCUUAAUGCGUGCACAUACAUAUAGGAAGAGGCGGAGCUUUAAUAUAGAGGCGGAGCCAGAGGAGGCUGUUUGUAACCCCAGUGACACAGCCAAUGAGGACGCUGCAUUUGAGGAUAGAAUCAUCGAUAUCAUGGCACUGGAGGAUCCACAAAACAUGUCACCUGCUCUGGACAAUUUAGAGCUGUCCUCUCUGUUGCGGGCUGCCGUGAUGCUGGAGUGUGUGCGUGUGCAGAUGCUGAAAGGUGUCUUCAGGGCACUAACCGCCGGAGGAAGCGGGUCCGGUAAUGAAGUAAGCGUAGUGGACCUGCUCAGUCAUGUGACCGACAUGCAGGAGGAUCAGAAGUCACAACUCAACACUCGCUCCACAACUGAAGCACACUCUGAGAUACAGAAUGUGGAGCAGCGACGUUUGGAUGCGUUACGCAGAAGAGAAGAGCUCCACGCGAUCAUAAGUGAGGAAAUAGAGGAGGCGGCCAUGACUGGAGGAACACACAUGGCCAAUCAGCUACUACACAGAUACUACAUCUGUCAGGAUCAGCUGGAGUCGGUGCUUGAUCUGUUCAUAGCCAAUCAGAGAGCAGUGCUGAGCGAGCAACAGGCGCAGCGCCGCUUCCUGCUGCAGGGUUUGCAAGAUCUACAGCAUUCAAUGUGUGACAUGUUCAGUGCUUUCUCUCGACACAUGGACAGCUGGUUCACCCGCAUCCGCAGGGAGGGUGUUCUCUCUGACCAGCACUGCGUACACCAGUUGGAGCGUGCUCAGUCAGAGCUCCAGCGUGUCCUGAAGAGUUUCGAGGAAAAGCUGGGUCGAGAGCGUAGCUCAGCUCAUUGUGACAUCAUCAGAACGAGAAGAGCGCGCAUCUCCGAGACGCUAUGUGAGCAGAAAUGUGAGCAGCAGGAUUUGGUGUGUGGGAGUGUGUGUGACGGACCGCUGGAGGACUACCUGAUGCGCUGGCAAACACUACUUUGUGCACACAACACACACCUGUCAGAACUGAUCACACACCUGGACCAGGAGGCAGCAGCACACAUACGACGGGUCCUGGUGUGUGUGUUACGAGAUGCUGUUGCUGACCUGAAGCAGGUGGAGUGUGAGACAAGUGAGUCGCUACAGGAGGCAGGCGUCCCACGUUGGCUCCUCCUCCAGCUGAGGGCGGGGUCGGUUGUUGGAGGAAUCUUGGCUGACACGGAGGCGGAGCUUGGCGUUCGGAAGAGGGAGGCGGCUAAAAUGCUGCGAAUGACGCGCAGCAGGAUUCAGACAAUCAGAGAGCAGGAGCUGCUGGUGCAGAGAGAGAAGAGAGAAAGAAUGCACACGUACUGCAGGAGUGUGUGGGAAAGUCAGUGCUCUCUGUCAGAGAGUGAUCUGCUGCGUAUACAGUUGGAGUAUGUGAAGAGUGUGUGUCAUCUAGACUGCUGUCUGGUGCUGCCCCACAUGCUGUCACGAGAGAAGGGACGCGACAAUCCGACCAAUCAGAGCAUAAAACACACCCCCGAAUACGCCUCUAGCAACCCGUACCCGAUGUUCACACGUGCACAAGUUUGUGUGUGCCAGAAUGAGGUGUGUGUGUGUGAGGAUGAGAUGAGUACGUGUGAGGAGAGAGUGUCGAUGCAGGUCGCGGCUGUGCAGUGGGACAAACUGGAGAGGAGGAACCGGAUUCUGGAAACACACUCUGCUUUGCUGAGACUACAAACAUUGCUGAUGCAGAUAGUCUCACAUGCACCUGUAGGGGAAGAGCUUUCACACGCCAUACACACACACAGCCUGGCGUUAGAGGAGGCGGAGCUGCUCCUGCAGAAGGAGGAGUCUGAAUGGGAAAGGUCCAUGGAUGGGUUUGGUCAUCAUAAACUCUUGACCCCUGAUGAGGAAGAAUUGUUCCAAGUAAACACAGAGUGUAUGACCACUGAGUGCCUGCAGGAGGCACUGUACAAGAGGCAGCAGCUCACACACACCCUCACUGAGAGAUUGACGAUGGAGAUCAGGAGGCAGCAGGUGAUGGAGGAUCUGAGGGGACAGCAGGAGCUGAAGAGGCUUUACACACAUUUUGACCAGGAUCUCCUCCUUGUGUCAUUGCUUGUCAAACUCAGUGGUGUUCCAGAACCAGUUCUCCAGCAACUCCUGUGCCUCCUGCUGCCUACACAGCCUGAAGGAGAACUCCAAUCACUAAUACACACACUGGCACCUAAAGAAGGGCUGAUAUUAGGACCCUGCUGCCAUCUGGUGGACAGACUGAGGAAUGAUGUAAUCAGCAAACACAUGGCACCUGGCUCUCACACUCACACUGACAGAAUGCUGAAGAAGAAGCAGAAGCUUGUGGAGAAGCUCUUCUCCAGAUCCCAUGCUGACCAAUUAGGACAUGAUUCACAACAACCAGCAUGCAGCCUGCCGGUCACUGAGGCGGCUACACAGAAGGAAGCAUCCUCCUCUGUGAUGGGAGAGAGCACACCGGCGGAGAUGGAGUGUAUGAGCCAUGCUGAUGAAGUGGGCGUGGCUGAGGAAGGUGACAUGGUGGAAGAAAAACUGUUUACUGUCCACAGUUCACCUCCACUACGCAUUACGGAUGCUUCACACAUGCCACAGAGCCAUGGGAAGAGGAAGAAGUUCAAGUUUAAAAAGGGAACAGUGGCUCCUCAAGAGCAGACGUGAUGAGACAGUUCCUCAGACGGGUGUGUCAUUUCUAAUGGACUGCCUUUUGUAGCUGUAAAACAUUCCUGUCAGAUCAGUGUUGUGUGUAAGUAAUAAUAAGGUUGCUUAAGAAUAAUAAGCUUGUAAUAAGUAUGUAAUAAGUAUGUAAUAAGUGAGUUCCAAUAGCUCCAACUGGUUGUUCUCACUAAACACAUGAAACAUGACCUGA